GAACGUUGGUGGGUGGCGGGGAUGCGGGCUAACGGAGGGAAACAGGAGGACGGUCGGCAGCUAGUAGGACCGCUUUAUCCCUAAUGAUUGAAUCAUGUGAGGCGCCGAAGAAGCCGUUUUUAAUCAAAAUGAAGGCGGAUUUUCUGAAGAGGUAGUUGAUACCGAGGCGCCGUGCAGGCUGCUGCCGGGGGGGAAUGCACCGAGGAGGUCAUUUUCCCGGACUGGGGAGGUGGGAGGCAACGGCCCCCGCAGUGUUGUGAGACCGAGGAUAGAAGAGCUGUGUCAGCUAGCUAGCUAAAACGGCAUAGCUUCCGGGUGGGAUUUUCAAAAUAAAAAAAGGCUCCCCCCCCCUCACGAGAACUGGAUUCGUUCGGUUAAAGUUUCCGAGUUAGAGCUUUUAAAACCGUUACAGACGAAGAAGUGAUGGUCUCACGAGUGUACCGCAAUGAUUGCGUAGUACGUAGUCGUAAUAUACGCAAGAUCCUCACAACGUACUGCUUUUACUUUGAAGGGGAGCCUUCUCUACUUCCCGCCCAACGGCCGUUAGCUGCCGGUGGCUUGACACGUACAAGAAAGGGGUGAAGUUACACAGCCUCCGACCAAAACAAGACUUUACAGCCCGGGCUGGACAACGACGCCUUGUUAUGAAUGGGACCUACCUCGUCUCACUUUGUGCUUUUCGACUCAAACGCCUUUUAAAACCGGAGGGUCCGUCGUCUCCUCGGAACCGGAGCCCCGGUGGAAAACACGGCACGGUUUCCCUCUGAAGAUCAAAAUGUACUGUCCCACACUGAGAAACGAAGAGGAUCUCUCGUAGCUGGAGGAAGAUCCCCUGCUCUGACUUUCCCUCCUCCUCUUCCUCUUGGCCCUCCUGGGACCAAUGACUGGACCGAACUCCCCAAGCCGGACCGGCACCUCCCCGGCCAAGCUGAGCAGGCACGGCCGGUCAAAGAGCACCAGCUCACACUGCCUCCUCCGCUGCAGCACCCAGGAGGAUUCCUCCGCCUCUCCGCCUAAUAACAGCUCCCGGUCUCCCGGGGAGGAAGAGGAGAAGGAUGGAGGAGUCCUCUUCUACGUUAACCGGACCGGCUUUCCCAUUGAGAGCGUCACCUGGGAGAGGAUGUGGUCCCAUGUGGCUGCCGUGCACCCUGAGGGCCAGGAGAUGGUGGACAGGAUACAAAACGCCGCAUACCUUCCCAAGCAUCCCGUCCCCUCCGUCCCCACCUUCAAACCGUCCAUGUCCGUCCCAGACUGGCUGGUGGCCAUCCAGAACUACAUGAAGGCCCUGCAAUACAACCACACAGGAACACAGUUCUUUGAAAUCAAGAAGAGCCGUCCUCUGUGUGGGUUAAUGGAGACAGCGAGAGAGAUGAUCAGGGAGUCUCUGCCAAUCAAAUGCCUGGAAGCCGUCAUCCUGGGAAUCUACCUGACCAACGGCCUCACGUCUCUCGAGCGUUUCCCCAUCAGCUUUAAGACUCAGUUUUCGGGCCACUGCUUCCAUCACGUCGUGCUGGGCGUCUACUGCAACGGGCGCUACGGAUCGCUGGGCAUGAGCCGCCGCCAGGACCUGAUGGACAAACCGCUGACCCACCGCACACUGGGAGAACUGGUGGCCGAGUUCGAGAGCUCCUACAAGAGAUACCAGCACACUCUGAAGAAGGUGAAGAUCGGCCUGUACGUGCCUCACGACCCUCACGUCUUCCAGCCAAUCGAAUGGAAGCAUCUGGUGCUGAACGCUGCCAGACUGGGAGCUCAGGAGAUGAGGAAGGAGCUGGAGAAACACGGUCGUGACAUGAGGAUGAAGAUCCUGAAAUCAUCCAGCGCUCAGUCACCAAUUAAAGAGCGGAGCCGGGGAAAAUCCUUAUCACCGCGGCGACGUCAGAGCAGUCCCCAACGACGCAUCACACACCGCAGAGACAAAUCACCGGCCUCGGUUGAGAGGAAACCUCCAGAGCUCAGCACUCUCAACGAUGGCUACCAGAUCCGCAUCUGAUCCCCUCCCUUCACCCCUCCCCCGGUCCCCUUCAGCCCCUCCCACAUCCACCAAGACGUCUCAGCCGCCGCGAUCCAAGAGUCUCCAACAGCCACCUGCCUUUUAGGAGAGGAGUCUCUGAACGCUCAAAUAAAAAUGAAAUAACAGGAAGAACGUCUGUGAGACUCAGAAGGUGUUUUUACCUGUUCAGCAGCAACAACGUCAUCACACCUUCUGUUUUCACCCUCACACACUUCAGUCCUGCAGCUGAAACUCCUCACGCUCUGAGGAGCAGGAGUUCAGGAGAGGAGCUGUUUGUUUCUCAUUUCACAACAAAAGAAUCUGAGAGUCUAAGAGUCGUCGUGUCCUGACAACAUGUGACCAGGAACAGGAGUCUCAGACCCCCCCCCCCCCCCCCCCCCCCCCCC